UGUGAACCAGGAUGUUCCUGCAUUCCUCACAUGGCUAGCCUGCAGUGUGCAGUCAUUGCAGCUCAUGCGGCAUGGACUUUGACUUGGUUUCAUACAGGUCUCCUCGAUCCACUCAGCCUGCAGUGGCCCCGAUGCAGACUACAUAUCAAUUCGGGGGUAUCUACGGACUACGUGCGUACAGUACCCACUUACCUUCCUGCUGGGAUUCCGUCCAAGGGACAGGGACUUGACGCUGACAGAGCACUAUGCGGGGCCUUGGGCAAUGGCUUCGACUUUCUAUUCACUUUUUUUAAUCUCGGUGUCAUUCCCUCUUCUCCUCUCCUCCUGCCUCCAACAGGCAACGACCUGUAUCUUCCACACACUGUCUAAGCCACCUCUUCGCUCACUCUUCUUCGUCUACCGACCAAAACACCCUCCAAUCUUCAAAGUCGACAGAAUGGUGAACUGGAAACUGCCCGAGUCUACCGAUCGUCUCUUUGCGACGCUCAUCGCAGCCCACCCGAGUCUGAAGCUGGACUAUCACGCGAUGGCCGCUUACUUCGACCAAGGUGCCACCUACGACGCCAUCGAAGGCAGGCUCCGCAAAUACCGAAAGCUCGCCGAGGAGCUGCGACAAAAUGCCACCGAACGGGGUAUUACCGACGUCUCGAUUCCGAAAGCGCGCAGCGGGAGUGCGUGCUCGACACCACGAACUCCUCGUGGACCAAGAAACGGUAUUCAAAAGGCCACCCCCUCGUCUCGAAAGCACAAUGCUCUACGACCCUCCAGCUUGACCUCGCCGAGCAAAAAUGGCAUGGGCCAAGCCGGAAGAUCCGUGAUAAGUGCAAUAUGCCUGGACGAUGGUCUUAGCUUCGAUGCGAAGGCAAAGAGUGAGCCCGAUACACCCGAUAAAACUUUCGCCCCGGUUAGGAGCAGAGCGUACGACAUGGACAGCGAUAUUGAAGUCAUCGAACCCCCCCAGAUGCCUAGAUCUGAAGAUAGGCAUUUCAAGACCCCGAGUCGCGUCCCUCAAUUCACACCCGUCAAGUAUGAGCGCGCCGCUACUGCCCUCCCUCCACCAUCGCCAACUGCAUCGGGAGCUCUAAAUGCAGCGGAUCUCAACAAUCAUAAUUCUUUUCUUGCAGAUGCGAACGUUAUGUUCAAUGAGCCAGAAUACGACAUGAGUAUGGCAGAUCUCUUCGAGGGCGUUGCAUAACUCGGCCUUCGAUUUUGCCUGUUUCUACUCAAGACUCUAACAUCCUGUGGACUGGUUGAUUUUCUGGCGUUUUUCUUUAUGUACCUAUCUACUUUGUAUCUUCACGCCGUGCAUGUCCUCUUCAUCUUAGCAAGCCAUCAAAGUA